CUCCGCCCCAAAUUUAAAUUCCAAUCCGAAAGCGAAACCCAAACAAACCCAUCAUCUUCUUCUUAUUUAUAUUCUAGGGUUUAGGGUUUCCUCUUCCUCGCCGCAUCGGAAUCAAUGGCGACAAACGCAUCCGAAGCUGGCCGUUCACUGAUUAAACAACUCGCUUUCACUCAGAAAUCUUCUCGUGAGAAAGCUCUCAAACUCGUCUUAAAAUCAUGGCUUCCUUCUCGAUCCGAACAACUUCCUGAAGAAGACGCCAAAAAGCUCUGGAAAGGUCUUUUCUACUGCGUUUGGCACUCCGACAAGCCUCUUGUUCAAGCUGACCUCAUCGAUCGUCUCGCUUCGCUUCUCUUGACACUUCAUUCUUCAUUCACCGUUCAGUAUUUCUCCACUUUCUUCCUCACUAUGCGUCGCGAAUGGUCCGGUAUCGAUGCUUUGAGGUUAGAUAAAUUCUAUCUUCUUAUUCGGAGAUUUGUUUCUAAGAGUUUUUCGCUUAUGAAUAAGAAUUCAUGGGAUUUGGAAUUUGUGAAGUUGAUUGUGAAUUGUUUGGAUGAUGCUACUUUUGCUUCGAGUGAUAAGUUGUUGCAGGGAAAAGGUGUUAAUUAUCAUGUUGCUUCGGUUUUUCUUGACGAGUUAACACCUUUUCUUCCUGUUAAGGUGAGUGUUUUGGAAGUGCUUUUUAAGCCGUUUUUUACUGUGGUGGGGAAAUUGCCUGAUAAGGUUUUGUUAGGGAAGAUUAAGAUUGGUUUGUUUGAUGUGCUGUUGAAGAAUGGGAAGAAACUAUUGGAGAUUAAGAAGAGUGGCGGGGAUGAAGUUGCUGAUGGCGAUAUUGUUAAUUUGGGAACGAUUGCGUUGGGGAUGGGUUUUGCUUCGAAGUUGUUUGAGUUGGGUUCUGCUCCUGAUUGUGUUCAGGGGAAUAGAAAGAUUUUGUUUGAAAUGCAUCGUGAGUUUUUGCAGCUAGAGAAGGAUGCUGUUAAUUCGGGGUUUGAGUUUUCUGUUCCUGAUUCUGUUGAUCGGGAUGACGAGGAAGUGCCAGAUUUGGUUCCCAUUGUUGAGGUUGAUGCUGAUGUUGUUCAGAAUGGUAAGUUGCUGAAGAAAUGCAAGAAGGAGAAGAAAGGUUCUGUUGAUAAAGCGAAAAAGGAAAAGAAGAGUAAGAAGAAGAAUAAGAAGAGUGAUGCUUCUGGUUUGAGUUCCGAGAUGAAUUCUGCUGAGAACGGGGAUAAGAAUGCUGCCAAUGAAAAUGGUGGAAAUUCAAUUGAUGAGGUGGUUUUAACCGAGAGUGUGAUUUCAAACCUCCAAAAGCAAUUUGAGAAGGUUGCUGCGGAAGCUGGUUUGGAAGAUGGUGUUGCAAGUUUAUGUGCUACACCCAAAGCUGCCGGAGAUGUUUCUAAGAAGAGAAAAAGAACUAAGAAUUCUAAAGGAAAGACAUCUCAGGAUUUUGAUUUGAAUGGUGGAGAUGCUGAAGACUCUGCAGUAGCAAAGAGCGGGGAUAAAAGCUCAAAGAAGGUAAGAUUUUCCAUGAAAAAUAACUUAGUAUGGAAGCCACACAGUCCUUUACCUCCUCAGAGCUUGAGAAUUCCUCCCUCUGUUACACCCAGAGGAAGUGCACUCAAACAGGGUGUACCCCCAGGUCCAAUCAGAGAGAUGCCUCUCCAAAACAAAAAGGCGAAACUGAAGAAGGCGGGUAGAAGGACAAUAAUUGGUGUUGUACCAUCUGUCAAGCGCAUGAAGAAAUUAAGAUCUCUUUCGGUGUGAUUUCCCUGAUGUUGUUACGGGGUGAUAUUUCCAUGAUUUAUUUUGUUGAAUUUUUAUUGGUAACUGUUAUGAAAUUUUGAUACUUUAUUAUGAUAGAUGAUUUCUAGGCCAAGUGAAAAACAAAUUGACUUUUAGCUUACAAACCAUGUCUUCAAGAUCGUUUGGUUGACUAAUUUGUGGUUCAUCUACAUAUCCAUGUCAUUUCUUGCUAGAUUUUGUUUUAUGGUGUAUGUUGCUAUCUUAUUACUAUGAUUAUUGAUAAUAUUCUUGUUUUAA